UUUAACCAGUUUGUUCAGUCACUGAAGGGGAAGGUGUAUAAUAGUGAGUGUGAGACUUAAGUUCUGUGCGUGAACGAAGAGAUUUUUAUUGUAAUAUUGAUGGCAGACUGACGUCACAAUGGAAGUGCCCUGGAACUUUAGAUUCGGGAUAGUUAUUCUGGGAGACUCGGCAGUGGGUAAAUCGUCUCUUCUGCAUCGCUUUACUGAAGGAACGUUCGAUGAUUCCCGACAGUCUCCGCUCGGCAUUGAUUUCAAGGUUUAUAAUAUACACUAUGACCCUGAUGUUGUCAUCAAGCUGCUGUUGUGGGAUACUGCAGGUCAGGAGAGAUUUAGGUCCAUCUGUAAGUCUUACAUGAGGAACUCUGUGGGUUGCAUUCUGAUGUUUGACGUCUCACAGCGACAGACGUUCGAUCGCAUAGGCAGUUGGCACCGGGAGGUCCUGGACUACGUGAAACCAAACCCCAUGUUCUUUUUGCUGGUGGGUCAUAAAAGUGACCUGGCCGUAGGACGUCAGGUCAGGAAGAGCGAAGGAGAGGCUCUGGCUAAAAAACUCAACAUGAUCGCAUAUCUCGAAGUGUCUACGAAAGAAAAUCUUAAUGUAAGUGAAGCGUUCGAGACCCUGACCAGAGGCAUAUAUAACCUUUUCCAGAAAGGCAAAAUAACCCCCCGAGACGACUGGCAUGGGUUAACCGUCGGGGCAACCGUUGAUAAAGAGCCACAAGUGGCCAAAAAGUCCAACUGCUGCAACUUUGGAUGAGAACUUCUGUCCAAACUUUCAACCAAGCCUUCAUGGAUAAAGACACGUUUUAUACCACAGUACAUUUAAUAUACUGUACUGAAUAAGUAUUGAACAGCAUGCCUUCCAUCAAAUGUGAAGUCUUAAAGGCACAGCCAGCUAAAGGCUGUCGUGAACAGAGGCAAUAGCAAUUCCAUAUAGUUCCAGCUCAGAGACACUAAACUAAAUGUGAGAAUAUUUUUAGGUUUUUGCUUUGACAAAACAAAAUCCUUCGCUGACACAAUUUAUCCUAUCACUUGCACAUGAACAUAAAUUAUUUGGGAUCUUUUUUUGCGCUGUUGGGAAAACUCCUUUUUGGCAUGCACCUUUAUGUGUAGAUGUCCAUUUGUUUACUUGCCAAAAUUGAACCGUAGACAUUAAGAAUAAACAAACAUGGAUGUUAUAUCAAAAUUCUGCCAAUGGUUUACUGUUCUGUAAAGGAAACUCACAUACAGACUGCAGAAUACAAGACUUCUAUAAAAGGUUUGAAUCAAUGAAGAAUGUGAAUUAAAACAGAGCAAGCCAUGUUUUGGAAAGUAUAGCACCAUCUGCAGGUCAUAGCUCAAGUCUCAGACUUCCAAAAAUGAAACCGUUUUAUUUCAGUCACAUUUUAUUGUAUUAAAAUGACAAAUAUACAAAAUUUAAGCAUUUAAGUUCGUGUGUACAUCUGUAUCGUGUUAAUCUGUCCAAUACGUAUACGCUUUGUAUCAUUUCCAUUAACAAAACCUUAGAUGUUGCACAAAUGCUUAACUGAAAAAAAAAAAGAUUUGAACUCAGCAUGUUGCGUAUCUAAUAUGGAAAACAAAAUGUGAACAUCUGGCUCGAUCCAUAAAUCAUAAACAGACGAAAAUGGGAAAUGCAAUUACAGAAGAUCUCACGGGGAAACAAUUGUCCUUGGUUUUGAAGACAAUGGAUUCUAUAACUUUAACCAUGAGAAUCACAAAUAAUAAAUGAGUUCCAAAAUAAUUGCUGCUAUUACCCUGAUCUGCCAGGUGAUGUUUGUCUAAUAAAAUAGAGUUACAGGUUCAGACGGAGCCAUACAUAAUGAUAUUAUAGUAAAUAAAUAAAAACAAAGAAACAAAUAAAAUGACUCCAUGAAGUUCAUGACUGGUUUGAUGUCAUGAACAGUAUUUCGACUUUAUUUCAAUAAUUAGAUUAUUAGACCUGCCUCAUAUUGCACAUUGUAAAUAAAAGGAAUAAAAAACUUUUUGCUGGUGAUUAUUGAAGAGCAUCCUUAUGAAAUCACAUGAGACGACAGAAAACAACCACAGCAGCAGCAUCUAAUUUCCAAAACAAAAAAAGUGAAUAUACCUUAAACUAUGACACACCCAUGCAAAGUAACACAGACAUAGUUUGUUGUUCUAAUAUUAUUGUGGUCUUCCCUUAUAUCUCAUCCGUUAUUUCUUUCAAUAUUAAACACAGACAAAUGUUCAUAUCAAAGAUACAGCCAAAUUGAAACAGUCAGAUAUCUAGAGCAUAACACACAUUUUCAUUUUCCAUACAGGUUUGGACAACACUUCACAUAGAAUUUUCAAAAAUAAACGUGUACCUUGUUUUCAUUAAUCUGUUUUAACAUUCAAACGAACUGGAUAACAUUAAUACAAUCCAUAGAUCCAACUGAGAAAAACAAACUAUAAUCAGUUUAACAAGUAUAAAAUAUCUUUCUCUAAAAACAAACUACAAAACUGUUCAAGCACAACCUUUAGAAUAUUAACUCCGACACUAACUUUUCAAGUAAGAUAAUAUCCUUACCAACACAUUGAUGGGUAAAAUAUAAUAACCAGUUAUUGUAAAAUGAAGCAUUCUACUUUUCCCACUCAUUUUUUUACAUUUUACUUAGGCUUACCCUCUCCAGCAUCCCCUUCAGAAAGUUUAUAGCAAGUCUAUAGCAAAGUUAAAUUUGGCGUCACAAAAAUAAAACUCUUGUCCUCAAAGUCCUCAUGGUAAAAAACAGAAAUUUGAUGUGUGAAAAAUCACAGUUUAACAUAUAUAACUGGCUUCAUUAAUGUCUGAUUCCAGAUUUAAAACAGCUUAAACUGUAACACUACAUAACACAAUGUGCAUGGAAAUGCAUGCUUACAAUGUCCUACUGAACCUAGAAAUGUCAACUUCAAACAAUUCCUGGAACCUUAACAAACAAACAAAUGUGAUGUUUGAUUUUCCAGUAUGGAGUUCAGAUGUGCUUCAUUUUCAGUACAGACUGUUACACAAACACACAAAACAUUCAGUUUCACAUUCCACUAUAGGAUGCAUACAGUUUAGCAAAUCUAGAUUUCUUAAACACGUAUAACAGAGAACGGUUUACACCACACUUUCACCUUAGACAAUUCAGAGCCCUGCUUGAACGGACGUGUUUGCAUGAAGAACGUAAUGCCUGUUGAGAUUUUACAGCCUGAAAACGUGAAACGAAUCCACGUUUCACCGUAAGCACCUGGAUAACUGUUUAAGGCCUUUCACGAGUUAAACACUUCAACAUCCAAACAGAACGGCUUCGCUCAACGUUUUUGAAAUAUUACAAAUACAACUGACUCUUUAUUCACCUUUCAUAUGCUACCAUGAAAUCACACUAUAACUGUACAUCUUCAUGCACUACAAUAUCAGAGUUCUCACUUUUGUAUCAUAUCAUAUCACCGUAGAGGGCAAACGACAAUAAACAAAAUAUGUCCAAAAAUCUGAACGCUGCCCAAUAGGAAUUACAAUCUAUAAUGCUCUUCGAC